GGCGAGUACUAUGAUAGUGGCUGGGCUGACUCUUGCCGUGGCGGGGUUUGCUGGCCGUUACGUUCUACAAGCUUUCAAACACCUGGAGCCUCAAGUGAAGCAAGCGAUGCAGACCCUGCCAAAGUCGGCAUUUGCCGGUUAUUACAAAGGUGGAUUUGAACCCAAAAUGACUAAAAGGGAAGCCGCGCUGGUGUUGGCAGUCAGCCCGACCGCAAAUAAAACAAAGAUAAGAGAAGCUCAUAGGCGGAUUAUGCUGCUGAACCAUCCUGACAAAGGAGAUCUCCAUACAUCGCGGCCAAAAUUAACGAAGCCAAGGAUCUGCUGGAAGACAGGCGAAGAAAUA